AUGAUUCAUAUUCCUCCUGACUGGGCCUUGGCCACAACCCAUAUUGCUAGUGAAUAUGUCUCUUGCCAGUUCCUAGCACUGAUCAGCAGAUGGCCCAAUGCUAUUCCCCCACUCGAACUAGAUUUUGUCAUGCUCAUGGCAUGCUCAAAACUGGCUAAUACCCUCGCUGAUGCCUAUCGGAACCCUGUCACUAUCAAUUUAGAUAUAGUCAGGUAUGCAGAUGUUCUGCACAUGAUGGAAAAAGGCAUCAACCCUGCUUGCGAAGACAGGCUUCUUGCCCGGUAUCCACCUGACAACCAGAUCCAUCUUGAUCGGCCGACUGUUGUGUGUGAUAAGUUUGGUAUCAUUGUCUUCUGGUAUCUUCCCGGCGCAAUUGAUCUGGCCAUACAGAAUGACAUGGUGGCAGCUACUGCAAUGAUGUCAGUUCCACUGGCUAGAAGUGUGACUAGCAGCGCCGCCACAAAUGAUAAAUGGAGGACCCAUUCUUCAAACUUUUAUCCUAGUGAAAGUGGCGGCACUCCGGGGUGUAUCAAUCUGUCCCCAGCAUGGUUUUUUCAAGGUCACCUGGCACCAAAAUUUUAUCCACAUGUCUUGGUGGCUCUUGAAGAAGUGAUGCACCCUAACCUCUAUUGGUCAUCAUUGGCAACAAAACUAGCCUUGGGUCUCUGGGCAGCUGACAAGAAAUUAGACAAAAUAGGAAAUUGUCUCAGAGAGUGGGCAUCUGUAUUCACAGCACUCACUAUCAUGUGCAACCGGCGUUCGCUGUUGCAUCGUGAUCCUUUAUCACGUCCCCAAUGGUUUGAUGUCAUGACCACCUUUGGCAAUUAUGGAGUAGCAACCAUCAAGAUGCCAAAUCUAGGCAUUGAGUGUGUCUACCCAGCAGGUUCUAUGGUCCCCGGAUCAGGGUGA